ACUCCGCUCAGCAGCCCACAUCGUCGAAGCAGGUCCGAGCAUGUUCUGUCAGUAGUGGACUCGCCAUCACAACAGUCAGCGGAAGGCCCCCAGCCUUCCGCUCUUGCUCCUCAGCUGGUCUUCCAAACACCCUCUUCCGGCUCCGCUCGCUCGGUGCGUGAAGACAUUCAUUCCACAACCGACGCCCCUUCAGUCUACUAUACCGCUAGCUGGGGUUCUCCCUACACUCGCCCUACACAAGAUCCUAGUGCGCCCAGCGCCGAAGGCACUCCUAUCGCUUCCCAGCGACAGACUAGAAGCGAGACUCCGUCUCCAAGCAUUUCUUUCGGCCUCGAGCACCUUGUUCCAUCCCGAGUCGCCGUUCAAGGACGAGAUUUCAGUCCGUCUUUUGGUCUCGACCAUUUGUUACCAUCGCGUGUAUCUGUACAGCAACACAUAGCAAGCCCUAUCACAACAGAACGGUUGGCACUCCGGGAAGAUACAUCACGAACAGUCGCACAGAGACCGUCCCGUCAUACUAUUACCCGUCGUCUGACCGAAGACUGGGUUCAACAGUACACGACUGGCAAGUGGCGCUCAGAAAGAGGAAAUUGGUUGAGUGACGAAUCCGGCGGCAGCAAUUCGGACUCUGGAGAGGAAGACGACUUCAAGACACCCAUUCCUUUUACCUGGUUCUCUGGUAGACAUCGGCGUAAGAACACAUCCGCUAGCCCUCUAUUCGAGAGACAGCAAAGACCAGUCUCGCACGAUACCUUCAGAAGAGGACACAAAUCCAGAGAGAGCAAUUUGACCUUGAAGCAGGAAGACUUUUGGCAGUUUACACGUCAGUUCGACGAGCCGAAUAUGUCGCUAUUCACAUCCAGAUGGGCCUCGUCGCCCUCCAAGGAGAAACCGCUCCCCCAACCACCUACAUCCCUGCCAGAACAUGACAGAUCCAUCGGAUACAGCCCCCACAAGAACGGCCAGCUUCCACCGCUACCUUCGCCGCCCAAUUCAGACACCCAGCGACCCACACCACCACCACGACCGAGGACCAAACUAGCGUGGAGAGGAAAGGCUUGCUGGAUCGCUCUGCCCUCAAUGGCCCCUGAGGCCUGUGGGGGUCAUAGACCGCUAAGCACAAGCGAGAAUCAGUCGCGUCUCAAACGUUUCGAAGAGGAGGGCUAUAAUGUGGACGGAUUCGAUCUUGAGCCAUGGGCCUACCAUGAAUCAAUCGUGUCACAGAGCAGAGGCCAAUAUCCCGACGACUCAGAAGAUAUCAUCAAGCGUCAGCAAAAAGACUUCAAAGUCUUCGUACCAAACCCGCAGACCUGGAAAUCAUACCAGGAUGACCUCAUGGAGCAGAAGCUGCGUGCUUUGGGCGUGAGUCUCGGAGAUGAUCUUGCUCCUGCUCAGCCUCCACCUAUGUCUCGUCAAUCUUCUGGCCAUUACCAAUCGGUCUCGCCCAAUAUGAUGCAUGCAGCCAUGGCUGGAGGGUCGCAUCGCUCUACGCCAUCGCUAGCCCACUUCCCUACUCCUGGACAUUCCUACUCAGCAUCUGUUGCUUCCCCACUAUCCAUGCCUGGUGAUCCCAGAGGUCAUGCUCAUAGACACUCCGUAUUUGGCAUGCCAGGGAUGCCAUUCGCUUUCCCCAAUCAGCAGAACCAGCACAAUGGAAUGCCUUCCUUUUCGCCUUCGACGGCGAACUUCAACUUGAAUGGACUUCCAAGGGGAGGAUCGCCUGCGUUGGAGAGACUGAAGAGUGAAGGACCACCUGCUAAAUCUCCUAUCUCACCCUACGGGAUGCCUUCUCCAUUCGCUAGAAGCCCGCAGCUUCAACCUGGAGACUGGCCAGGUCAAGCUCACCUCAGGCAUCAAUCAGUCUUUUCGAGCUUCUCGCCCCAACCCCAGGCCCAGCGAAGCAUCACACCCACUCUUACUCCAGGUGCAGCAAUGCGCCCGAUUCCAUCCCUUGCCGAGGUCCCCGAGGACGAAGAAGAGCCAAUGCAAGAUUACUUUGCUGGCGCCACACCGAGACGUCAGACACGCAAGGACGUUGAGCUUGCUCACCCCAGUCCACGACACAACCGGAACAUUAGCGAUGCUCUGGAGAGAGAAAUUCAGGGAUCUGAUUACCAUCUGGAGAAAUCUUUCGAGCGCCAGCUCCAAGACGAAGAAGAUGAAGCGAGCAAUAGCUUCAUCAGCCAGACUUCUAGCAAUGGUGCCUACGUGCCUCCUGGGAAGCGCGCAUCUCUCGGGCCUAGUAUGAGCGGCUUUGCUAGUCGCAAUGAUUCGCCCAAUCUCAGCAAUCCCCCAGCAAAAACCGAAAUCAAGGACAACCUUGCAAACGCCGGAUCGGCUGGCGCGCUACAGAACAAGAUCACGAACAAAGUCAAGGGGCAUGUAUCAAGACUGAGUGUGGCUGCGCCUGAAUUUAAGUUCCAGCCGGGCCUUGCAUUUCAACCAACCUUGCCCAGCCUUCCAGGGUUAUCGAAUUUCGGGCCCCCGAUUCACAACCACCUCGGGAACUCAUCUACUCGUAAUAUGGAUAUGUCAGUCGCUGCUUUCCAGCCUUCGGGGCUGGGAGUCAUGCCCUCGUCCGACUUCAACUUUGCUUCCUCGUUCCCCUUCAAUUCUGUGGCUGCUGUCCAGCAACCUAUCGCUUACCAAGCUUCUCUUCAACCUGCUGCUCCGAGUAUCUUUGGUGAUGUAGCCAUUCCGGACGCUACCAAGCCAGUGAGGAGAUCCAAAGCUGUGGCUAUUACCCAGCCCAAGUCUUCUCCUGUGAAGGAAGAGCACGAAGCUGAGGAUGAAGAUGGUCGUGCAGUACAAAGCGAAGAUAGGCAAAAGAGAGCUCGUGUCGGUCAGAGCGACGGUGAUGAUGUACCGCUUUUCGCUGAGCGCCCUGCAUCGCCUACUCGAUCAAAGGCCCAAGAACCGUCAAGUCUGGAAGAUGAAAAGACAUCGACCGCUUCCAAGUCUGAACAAUCCGACGAUCGAAAGAAGGCACCGGAAGACGACAAGAUAGAGCCUGCACCUGCUCAGGGGCAUGCGGCCAAGACACCAGCCGAUAACGCCUCGGUACAUGAGUUCGUGACUUCGGCUAAGCUUCCUGAGGUGCAAAAUGAGCGCGGCCACAAGAAGAACUUGAGCUCUCUAUCAGCACUCGCAAAGCCGUUCGACUUCAAACCACAAGGAUCAAUUUCAAGCAACCAGCCCCUCGAUAGUCUUCUCUUGAGCCCCGAUCCGAAUAAGACCAAGCCCGACUUCAGCCCUUCGCGCGUGUUCUCGCGUACCUCUGAGAAGACGCAGGCUUCCGUUGAAGACCUCGAUUAUGCACCUUCGCCUGAGCCACAGAAACAUGCGCCAUACCCCAUCGAUGUCAAUCAGCGAGCUCGCUUCUCAGAGCCUACCUUUGAUGAGAUCGAUGCCGUCAUGCAACAACUCAACGACGACGACGAGUAUGACAAUGUCCAGCAGGAGUUUGCUUCGGAGAUCGCGAGUCCAAACGCUAGUGUCAUACACCACAGUCCAAUUCGACAUGAUAGAGACCGUUCGAUCUCUCCUCUACCAACGCUUUCGAGAGAGCAAGUCAAACUUCGCCCAGCUCAUAUCAACCGCCUCAAUCGUGGUGAAGAGAUUCCUCUGAGCGAAUGGUCUGAUGACCUUUCUGUCGACGAGGCUAGCAAGCUGCGCGUGCGUAGCAAUUUCUUCGACGAUAGAGUCGACCAGAUCAUUGGCGGUGUGAUUGAUCACCGUUUGGCACCUCUUGAAAAGAGCUUGCAGAUGAUACACCGCGCAGUAAGCACUAUCAUGACUCGUGAGCCACAACCAGCACCAAAGCGCGCCUUGUCCGUGGACGAUAGCGAUGCCGACGAUGAAGACGAUACCGUUGAAAAAAGACAACCUUUCCGCUCUGUCUCUCGUGCGCAAGAUAGGAAAGCCAGUCAAAUCAAGGCUGCUGUGCUCGAGGCUUUAGCUUCGCAGAAGGCAAAUGGCACUUCGAUCUCAUCUUCCACCGAGAUUCACAAUGCUCUUAUGGACAUGAACACGACAAUUGCUCGUAUCGCAUCGUCCAACCUCGAUAUCGACGAUGUUAAGCACGUUGUUGACGAGUCACUACAUCGUAUGGGCAAGACUCUGACGCCUGCUCCAGCUACGGAGAACACUGAGGCGACUCACAGGCACAGACGUGAAGUCUCUGAGCUGAAUAGCAGGCUAAACAGAACUCUUGCCGAUGCGCUGGAAGAAGCGAACCAACGUCGCGCCAUUGAGGAACGCGAGGCAGAUACUCGUCGCCUACUUCGUCUGGCCGAGGAAGAGCUCUCUCUGCUCCGCAAGACUGUGGGCGACAAGGAACAGCGCAUUCACUCCUUGGAGAAUCAACGCGAAGAGCUUGAAAUCCGUGUUGAUGCUGCUGAGGUCACACACGCGCACGAUCGAAAGCAGCUAUCAGACUUUGAGGCAGAAACUUCGGCACUCGAAUCUACACUCGAAGAAUACCGUAUCUCUAGUAUCAAGUGGAGAAACCAGGUGGAUGAGGUCACCAAUGAGAAUGAUGUUCUCAAGGCUAGUACUAUUGAACUCAAAAUCCAGCUCGAAGAAUCUCGAGAGAACGCCAAGGUGGUCCGUCAACAACUUGAUGAUGCAGUCAUCGAGAAUGCAGCGCUCAAGGCAACAUCAGCUGAACUUUUGUCACAACUAGAAGAGUCUCAAGUCUUUGGCAAACAAGCACGCCAGGCAGCUGACGAUGCAGCCAUAGAAGCCACCGCAAUCAAAGCCAGUGCUGCAGAGUUGAUGGUUCAGCUUGAAGAGUCUCACGCUACCAUGAAGCGCGUUCAAGAGAGCGCCGAGGACGCAAUCGUUGAAAGUACGGCACUGAAGGCUAGUGUCACAAGCUUGUUCACUGAACUUGAAGAGUCUCGCCUUGCUGCAAAGACUUGGAAGCAAGAAGCUGAAGUUGCUGCUCAUACCAAUGCCAGUCUACAUGAGAGCAUGUCUGACAUGAAGAACCAAAUCGCGGAUGGCUUGAGUAUACGUGAGAACAUGCGUAGCAAACUCGACAAGAUCCAUCACGGCAUGAUCUCAGCAGCCGAGCAGUUGGCCAAUGAGAAGGCCAUCUGGCAGAACCGUAAUGAGGAGCUGCAGAAGAGAUAUGUCGUCUUGCAGGCUCGCCUGGAGGGCGAGGCCAGCAUCAGACGUAGCAUGGAAGAAGAGGUACAAAGCUUGCGUGCUCAAGUGCAUGAGGCUGUCACCACCAAGAUUGAGCUCGAACAGCUGCAAAGAUCUACUACGUUGCACGAGGAGACGUUGAGGACACUCAGAGAAAACCUCAACUCAGAGCAGACCUCGAACGCGCGUCUGCAGCGCGAUCUGCAUGAGGCCAGAGAGUCUGGGAGAGCCGAAGUUCAGCGUACCCAGAUGAUCAUGCAAUCCAGCAUCGAAGCAGCUGAAAGUCAGGCUAACAUCAUUCGUGCCAGCUUGGAGCAUGAGAUGAUGCUAGCCAAGAACGAGAUAGACAACAUCAAGAUGGUCUCGGAUGCUGCUCGUGAAACACACGAACGUUCGCUUGAGCAAGAGGCUGAUCUCAGACGUGAUGCUCUUCGCAAGGUCAAUGAGACCAGCAGUGCUGCCCUAAAUGACCUGCGCGAAAAGCACGCUGAGGAGAUCAGAUACAUCAAGUCACAGUACGAAAGGAGUGUUGCCAACGCCUACGAGGACAAGCAACGCUCUGCAGUACACUUCAAUGACAGACUUGAGCUGUCCAAUGAUCAAGUCUUGCAUCUUCGUGACAAGGUCGCUCAUCUGGAGGAACGUCUGAACGUCGCUAGAUCCGCAGCGCAGGCAGCAGCUUCCGCAGCUCAAGCAGCAAAGCUCACCCCAUCUGUCACCCCUGCAUCCGCACCCGCGCCCUUACCCGCAUCGCGAGAAGAGCCUGAGAAGAUCUCACCUCAGGCACUUCGCGAAUCUAUCCUAGUCUUGCAAGAGCAGCUCCAGGAACGUGAGACUCGUAUCGAGAGUCUGCAAAACGAGAUUGCGAAUGUUGACACUUCAGCGCCUGCUAAACUCAAGGAGAGGGAGGUUGAGGUUUCUUGGCUACGCGAGCUUCUAUCUGUUCGGAACGAGGAUCUCAAUCAGCUGGUUGAUACAUUGUCAAAGUCGGAUUAUGAUAAGGACGCCGUCAGAGACUUUGCCAUCCGCAUCCGCGCCAAUCUGCAGAUGGAACAACAAGAGAAGGAGCGACUCAUUAGCGCUGGCCCAUCGUUGACUGGUCAAGCCCUGGCCAACUUGACCAACUUUGCUUCCCCCAAGGCAGUUUCUUUGGCCGCGGCAUUUGGUAACUGGCGCAAGAGCAGAGAAUUCCCACGUCCUGCAUCUGCUCCCAAAGCUCCUGUCUCGAGAGCAACUGCUAGAUCGUCUGCUGCCGCCGCACGUUCGGCCAAUGGCCGCACGCAAACACCUUCCAAGCCUGCACCCCUGCCGUCGCCAUCUGUCCUGUCUGGGCUCAUGACGCCCCCUGCCACAAACCUCCGCCGCACACCCAGUCCUGCCGAAGGACCAAGUGAAUCACAGCGCUCGAGCCCAAGCUUCCAUCACGGUUCACAGCAGGCCAGUAGCGAGACGAAGAUGGCCUACUUUGAUACUCAACCCAACCAACAGGGCGAAGAGCGUCCGAUGGUCUUCAGACGCCAGAGCUACGAUGAAGAUGCCCAGCUCGGCGAUGUCGAUACCGAUAUGGGAGCUGAUGUUGAGGAGGAGCAGAGAACCAUCACCACCGAUGAUGAACUCCAGCGUUCUGUUGAUCAGACGCCCGAGGAACUGCUUGGCAGAAGUCUUACCAACGAGCUCGAGGCAAUGUAA